UCCGAAUCAUUUGUUUAUAGACUUAGACCCUGUAGAUCUAUAUAUCAUUUCUCAUCAUCACUCUCACCAACACUACACAUAACCUAUAAUAUUCUUUGAAGGAGAGAAAAAUAGAGAGAUGGAAGGUGAAAUUGAGACAUUCAUUAAGGUAUGGAUUAUAGCCAUAGCAUCUCUAUGUUAUUGUUAUUACAUAUCUUCCAAAAUCCCCAAAGGCAUCUUAAGGCUUCUCUCAAUCCUCCCAAUUCUCUACCUCUUCCUCAUCCUUCCUUUAAACCUCUAUUCCUUCCACCUUGGUGGCCCUACAAUCUUCUUCCUUGUUUGGCUUUCAACUUUCAAACUCAUUCUUUUCUCCUUCAAUCAACCUCCUCUUUCCCCUCUCCCAAACAACAUCUUCCAUUUCAUUUCCAUAGCCUCACUUCCCAUCAACCCCCAAAAACCAAAUCCAACAACCUUUUUUUCAUCUAAAAAACCAAAUUUGCCCCUCACUUGUUUUAAAGUAGUUAUAUUGGGUGUAAUCAUAUGUUGCUAUGACUAUAGUGAACAUAUGCACCCUUAUUUCAUAUUGUUCCUUUAUUGUUGCCACAUGUACCUCGGGAUCGAACUCGUGUUAGCACUUUGUGCUGCACCGGUUCGAACCCUGUUCGGUUUUGAAAUCGAAUCGCAAUUCAAUGAACCGUACUUAUCCACUUCUCUUCAAGACUUUUGGGGUCGUAGGUGGAACCUCAUGGUAACCCGUACGUUACGCCUUACUGUAUACAACCCCAUUCGCCAUGUCAUUAAAUCUAAUGUGGGUUCAACGUGGGCCAAUUAUAUUGCCACGUUGGCCACAUUUGUUGUGUCUGGUCUUAUGCACGAGAUUAUUUAUUAUUACCUUGCACGUGUGUCUCCCACGUGGGAGGUCACAUGGUUUUUUGUGCUUCAUGGUGUAUUUACUUCCGUUGAGGUUGCGGUAAAGAAGAUUGCUCUCCGCCGUGGGUGGCGGCUGCACCGAGCUAUAUCUGGACCGCUUACGUUGGCGUUUUUGGCUGUUACUGGGAAUUGGUUGUUUUUUCCUCCGUUGGAGAGGAAUGGUGUUGUUACGAAGGCUAUUGGAGAGUAUGCAAUUAUGGUGGAUUUUGUCAAAGAUAAGUUACCAUUACAUUUGUUUAGUUAAAUAAUUUUUAUAGUAAGCAUCAAUUAUUGAAAACUUACAAUUGCAUAGUUUUGAUGGAUAUAUAUAAAUUGAUAUGCUACUGUAAAUUUUUUUGAUUUGCUUUGAAAUCGUGGUAGUCUAAGUAUUUGUCUAUGACUACAAUUUUAAAUUGUUGCUACAAAAUUGCAACAAUGAGUGUAUUUUUAAAAUUAUUUUCUGUAUGGUUUCUAGCAUAUUAGAAUAGAAGAAUGCAAGUAUUUGCUAUGAUUUACAUUGUAAA